CAGCAGCUUUCUCCCUCGCCCGCCCGCCGCAGUCCGCGCCCAACCUCGCCCGCAGCCCCCGCAGCCCGCGCCCGGCCCCGGCCAUGCUGUCCUUCCAGUACCCCGACGUGUACCGGGACGAGACCUCCGUACAGGAUUAUCAUGGACAUAAAAUCUGUGAUCCUUAUGCUUGGCUUGAAGACCCCGACAGUGAGCAGACAAAGGCUUUCGUGGAGGCACAGAACAAGAUCACAGUGCCGUUCCUGGAGCAGUGCCCCAUCAGAGGGCUGUACAAGGAGAGAAUGACUGAGCUGUACGACUACCCCAAGUACAGCUGCCACUUCAAGAAAGGAAAGCGGUAUUUUUAUUUUUACAAUACAGGUUUGCAGAACCAGCGUGUAUUAUAUGUGCAAGACUCCUUAGAGGGGGAAGCCAGGGUGUUCCUCGAUCCCAACACUCUGUCGGAUGAUGGCACAGUAGCACUCCGAGGUUAUGCCUUCAGUGAAGACGGUGAAUACUUUGCCUAUGGUCUGAGUGCCAGUGGCUCAGACUGGGUGACCAUCAAGUUCAUGAAAGUUGAUGGUGCCAAAGAGCUUCCUGACGUGCUCGAGAGAGUCAAGUUCACCUGUAUGGCCUGGACCCAUGAUGGGAAGGGGAUGUUCUACAACUCAUACCCGAAGCAGGAUGGGAAGAGUGACGGGACAGAGACGUCCACCAAUCUCCACCAGAAGCUCUGCUACCAUGUCCUGGGGACAGAUCAGUCAGAAGAUAUUCUGUGUGCUGAGUUUCCUGAUGAGCCCAAGUGGAUGGGGGGAGCCGAGCUAUCCGAUGAUGGUCGAUAUGUCUUGUUAUCCAUCUGGGAGGGAUGUGAUCCGGUAAACCGACUGUGGUACUGUGACCUCCAGCAGGAAUCCAGUGGUAUCACUGGAAUCCUGAAAUGGGUAAAACUAAUAGACAACUUUGAAGGAGAGUAUGACUACGUGACCAACGAGGGCACAGUGUUCACAUUCAAGACAAACCGCAAUUCUCCUAAUUAUCGUCUGAUCAACAUCGACUUCACCGACCCUGACGAGUCUAAGUGGAAAGUGCUUGUCCCAGAGCACGAGAAAGACGUCCUAGAGUGGGUAGCGUGUGUCAGGUCCAACUUCCUGGUCUUGUGCUACCUCCAUGAUGUGAAGAACACUCUGCAGCUUCACGACCUGACCACAGGUGCUCUCCUCAAGACCUUCCCUCUGGACGUGGGCAGUGUGGUGGGGUACAGUGGGCGCAAGAAGGACUCCGAGAUCUUCUACCAGUUCACGUCGUUUUUGUCUCCAGGUGUCAUUUACCACUGUGAUCUUACCAAAGAGGAACUGGAACCCACAGUUUUCCGAGAAGUAACCGUGAAGGGUAUCGAUGCUUCUGAUUACCAGACAAUCCAGGUUUUCUACCCUAGCAAAGAUGGCACUAAGAUUCCAAUGUUUAUUGUACAUAAAAAAGGCAUAAAGUUGGAUGGCUCACAUCCUGCUUUCUUGUAUGGUUAUGGUGGCUUCAACAUCUCCAUCACACCCAACUACAGCGUGUCUAGGCUCAUUUUUGUGAGACACAUGGGCGGCGUCCUCGCAGUGGCUAACAUCAGAGGCGGUGGUGAAUAUGGAGAGACGUGGCAUAAAGGUGGGAUCUUGGCCAACAAACAAAAUUGCUUUGAUGACUUUCAGUGUGCUGCCGAGUAUCUCAUCAAAGAAGGCUACACGUCUCCCAAGAGGCUUACCAUCAAUGGAGGCUCCAACGGGGGCCUCUUAGUGGCUGCUUGUGCAAAUCAGCGUCCAGACCUCUUCGGUUGUGUUAUUGCCCAGGUUGGAGUGAUGGACAUGUUGAAAUUCCACAAGUUUACCAUUGGUCACGCCUGGACCACUGAUUAUGGGUGCUCAGACAGCAAACAACACUUCGAAUGGCUUCUCAAGUACUCACCUCUGCACAACGUGAAGCUUCCAGAGGCAGAUGACAUCCAGUACCCUUCCAUGCUUCUCCUCACUGCUGACCACGAUGACCGAGUGGUCCCACUGCACUCCCUCAAGUUCAUUGCCACGCUCCAGUACAUCGUGGGCCGCAGCCGGAAGCAAAGCAACCCCUUACUCAUCCACGUGGACACCAAGGCUGGCCACGGGGCCGGGAAACCCACGGCCAAAGUGAUAGAAGAAGUUUCAGAUAUGUUUGCAUUCAUAGCACGGUGCCUGAACAUCGAGUGGAUUCCGUAAAUGGGUUUCCAGCGCCUCCCGACAGUCACAGAAAACCUCAAGGGCUUUCACACCAAAACACCACUGGGCAGAAUGCUGCCCGUGUGAGCACUGUGCCUCUGCUCACAGACAGCAACUGAGCAGAACUGCCAUGGGGAUUUUAUCUUUUCUAGGCUUCUCCUUUGUAGCAAGCCCUUGAUGUUUUGUUUCUUUAUUUUCUUCCCACUCUAUCAAGGCACAUAUUUUAAAAAGGGGGUAAAGGGGGCAUGUUUGGAUAAGAAACAAAAUGGCACUGAACAUGAUGUGAAUAUUAGGUCCCUGGACUGAGUAAGGGUCAUAGUUGGGCAUAUGUAUAUAUAAUGACUCAAUGAAGUUGCUUCUCUAACCAUAACAUAUAUCCUUAAAUAAGUGGGAGGCCUCAAGGGAGACUCCACUGCAGUGCUAAUAAAUACUAUCUAAGAGUGGAGGCUUUAGUUUUGGUUCCUUCGCAACAAGAGGCAGCCUCAGAAUGCAGAUAGCUAUCAGAAUGAAGACUGUAAUUUUUAUGCAACAGGUUAGUUUCCAAACAAUUAGAAUAUUAGUACCACCAGAAAGAGGCCGAUCCAUCCACCUUGUCUCACUUGGAGGGAUACAGCUGUGGGAGAUGUCUCCUCAUCUCCACUGUUACCUGCUCAGGUUAAGCUCUGACUGGGAUCUUUCAGUUGGAUGCCUCUAUUUUUAAAAAUCUCUGGACUGGAGUUGGGUAGGUGGCUCUAUGGGCACGGGUGCUUGCUCUGAAAGCCAGGAGACCUGCUGAGCUAGAAUUAAUAGCACCCAUAUAAAAUGCUGGGUGAGGCUACUAUGUGUGCCUGUAACUUCAGCAGUGGGGACAGCAGUAGGCAAAUCCUGAACACCCAGUGGCCAACCAGGUUAGCCAAAAUAGUGACUUCCUGUUUCACUGAGACAGAAAGGCAGCCAUCCUCAGGCCUCCCUGUGCCUGUGCAUAGAUGGGCACACCUGUACACUCAUGUGCUUUCCUCACACAAAGACCACAUAAACACCAAAGAAACUGUGGACUGGAAAAGUACGGUUAUUCACCUGGAUUACAGAGUAUUUGUGGAAAUCAGACAAGAGUGAAUUGCCCAAAUAGAGUCAUUUACCUAGUCUCCCCUCAAACUGGAACCUGUAGAAUUUCCCAUGCCCCUUCUCCCUCAGACUAGUACUUUCCAGAAGUGCAGUUACACUGUAAAGAGGAGCCAUUUCCAUUUGCUCUAUCCUGCUCUGAUAAUUUUGGAGGGAACAAUACAGAUUCCUCAAACUUAGGCUUUGGGAAGAAUAUUCUGGGUGUGUUUUAACAUCUCACAAAAUACUGUUCCUUGUCUAUCAGUUUGGGAAUGCUGGUCUGGCUUAUAAGAGAGGAUCUUUGUGUUGCUUUAUCAGAUGUCAUUAAAAGAGAUAUCUUAACUUUA